AUCGCAUGCAGCAAAUUAACAAACCUUUUCAGAUCGAACAAACGGAUUGAAAGGCGGCACCUAGCGCGUCGUCCGUUGGCAUCGCAGAUCUGUCCAAACAUGCUAAUGAAUGCCAGAAGCUCUCGUGUUACGUGCACAUCAGGCCGGUCAUGGCCUGCCAGUCCCAUAAUUCUACCAAGCAGACUUCAUUGCAGUGCAAGAAUUGCUCUUCAAUGCCGCAUGAUAGGAAGACCUGGCCACAGUACUAGGAGGAGCUUUCUCAUGUGCGACGCCACUGCGUCGCAAGGUCAAGAGGUGUUCAGGGGAGUGUAUGGGGACUGGCAGGUUGAAGAGAGCGACGUUAGGGAAGUGCUGGGAUACCGUGCUGGCAUCUCAGUGGCUGCAGCAGCCCUCCUAUUGGACACCAUCAUUGCCCUCGGAAUUCAAAAUGGAUCACCAUUACAGUUCCUGAGGGAAUGGCAGAAUGCCAUCUGCCUCAUUGGGGCAGGCGGCCUGGGGGUAUCCCUUGUCCUGAUCCACAUAUAUGUGGCCCCCUUGAAACGCUUCAUCCAGCUCCUAUGGGCUUCUGGUGUCAUAGGCAGCCUCAGCAUCAUGGCAUCGCAGCCGCAGCCAGUCACGGAUUUUGUGGCAAGCAACCCGGGCGCCGUUUGGGCUGUCGGCCCCUUCUUUGCUGCCGUCACUGGAGUGGCCUUCAAGGAAGGGGUGUGCUAUGGGAAACCGGAAUGCGCUGUUCUCUUCUUCCUCACACCUGCACUCCUCUUGGGGCACCUCAGUGGCGCUGUACCAGAGUCAGCGGAGCGUGUGCUGCUGUUGGCAUUCCUUGGAACGUCGCUGAUUUUUGCAGGGAGAAAAUGGACACAGCCCAUCAAAGAUGACAUAGGAGACAAGAGCGUCUUCACGUUUCUGGCUAUGUCUGAGGAAGAGCAGCAAAAGCUGCUUAUGCAGAAAGAGCAGGAGAAGGUACUGGAGGACUGAAAUUAUCAAGACAGCGAGUGCCUGCGUUUGCAUGGGGGGACUUGUGGGUCUACAAGUCGCAUAGAAAGACAGAUUGGUCAUUGAGGAGACACUGCACAACUUUCAGCACAGUGUGUACAGCUAAAAAUGUAUAGCUCAUCUUUGAAGCUCAACAGUUUCAUCCAUACUACGUAUCAGUCCUUGUAAUUUUUGCUUCAAUUG